AGGGUGGGCUGAUUGGAACUGAAAUCUGCCACAUCUCCUAAGUUGUGAGCUACUAUGUCGUUGUCAUAUCUUGCAUGCAUUGUUACUGUUAUCUGCAGCAAGUGGAGACUGCAUUUUCUAAAUGCCUGUCACCCUCUCACUUUUCUGCCUAUAUAAAGCACCUGCAUAUUGUAACCCUGAAAUGUGGAUCAUCCUCUACUGAAAACCACUAGCUCUAAUCAUAAUACCAAUGGCCGAGGAAGAAAUUAAGCCGCCAAUUGAGGUUAUAAUUGAUGCUUCCAUCAUCAGUAAAAACCAAGAAGAGACCAAUAUUUCCAAGCUAUCUGAAUCUUCCAUCUUAACCAGGCUCCAUGCGGGCUAUUUCAGGAUAAGCCUCUCUCUUGGAGGCCAAGCUUUGCUGUGGAAGAUUCUUAGCGAAUCCAAGAGUGACUCGCAAGAAGUCUGGCACCUGUUUCGGAUACUCCCUUCUACAGCUUUCCUUCUUCUCUGGUGGCUUGCCUUUCUGACACAGAUUUCACUCUCACUUCUCUACAUUCUCAGAUGUCUAUUUCACUUUCACAUGGUGAAAGCAGAGUUUUUGCACUAUAUAGGACUGAACUACUUGUAUGCUCCUUGGAUUUCAUGGAUCCUUUUACUUCAAUCGACGACAAUUAUCAGUCCAAGUAGUGUAUCUUACCUUGCUCUCUUCUGGGUCUUCACUGUUCCGGUUGUGGUGCUUGAUGUUAAAAUCUAUGGACAGUGGUUCACGACGGAGAAGCGGUUUCUAUCCACGCUUGCAAACCCUACUAGCCUUAUGUCAGUGAUAGGAAACUUGGUGGUAGCUCAAGCGGCAGCUCAGAUGGGGUGGACAGAGAGUGCAACAUGCAUGUUCUCACUAGGAAUGGUGCACUAUUUAGUACUCUUUAUCACACUUUACCAGCGCCUAUCGGUUUGCAAUCACUUUCCAGCAAUGUUGAGGCCAGCAUUCUUCUUGUUCUUUGCCGCACCAAGCAUAGCAAGUACGGCUUGGUACUCCAUCUCAGGAUCCUUUCAUACAAUGUCAAAGAUGCUCUUUUUCCUCUCCUUGUUCCUCUUCACUUCUCUGGCAUGUAGACCAGCUCUUUUCAGGAAAUCCAUGAGACGAGUGAACGUUGCUUGGUGGGCGUAUUCCUUCCCAGUAACCUCUCUUGCUCUCGCCUCUGCUUUGUAUGCAAAAGAGGUGAAAGGUUAUGUAGCACCAGGAUUGACGCUAGCGCUAUCUGCUCUCUCUGUUCUGGUGUUCCUUGGAUUGAUGGUGCUCACCGCGUUUAACACCGACAAGCUCCUGCGCCAAAAGGACCCUGUACUGAGUUUUGCUAAGGAUCUUAGAACAAGGACUUGAAAUAGCUUGAAGGGCAAGUAACAAUUAUCAACACAAUCGCAUGUAUUCAUAAUAUGAGUCGUCAGUGCUGACUUUUCCAGUUCAUACAAUACAAGAAAUGUACAAAGUUCUCCCUUUUAUCCAUGAAUUCCUAUCACGAGACAGCAUUAUCUUGCUACUUCA